AUGGCGACGGCAAACAAAGAUCAAAAGGCCAAGCCUAGCGCUCUGCGCUCCAUCAUAGCGGGCUCGAGUGCGGGUGCCGUGGAGAUCGCGAUCACCUAUCCCGCAGAAUUCGCUAAGACCCGCACUCAGCUCAAUCGUCGCCUCCCGGAUGGCCAGAAACUACCGUGGCCGCCAUUCGGGAAGCAGUGGUAUGCUGGAUGCACCACAUUGAUAAUUGGAAACUCGCUCAAGGCAGGCAUUCGAUUCGUUGCUUUCGACGCCAUCAAAUCAGUCUUGCAGGAUGAGAACGGCAAGAUUUCGGGACCCAGGACGGUUGUAGCGGGAUUUGGUGCUGGCUUCACAGAGUCUCUGCUGGCUGUCACUCCCUUUGAGAGCAUCAAGACUCAACUGAUCGACGACCGAAAAUCUGCGACGCCUCGGAUGCGUGGCUUCCUGCACGGUAGCAACAUCAUAUUCCAAGAGAGGGGUCUCCGGGGUUUCUUCCAGGGUUUUGUCCCGACCACCGCACGGCAGGCGGCGAAUUCAGCGACCCGGUUCUCGAGCUACACCACUUUGAAGCAAUUGGCCGAGGGCUAUGUGGCGCCCGGGGAAAAACUGGGGACCGUCAGCACCUUCGCCAUUGGAGGGAUAGCGGGUUUGAUCACCGUUUAUGUCACACAACCUCUGGACACCGUGAAGACAAGGAUGCAAUCUCUUGAAGCAAGUAAGAACUACAAGAACAGCUUCGUCUGCGCCGCGCGAAUCUUCCGGGAUGAGGGCGUGUUCACCUUCUGGUCCGGGGCCAUGCCGCGGCUGGCGAGACUGAUUAUGAGCGGAGGGAUUGUGUUCACCAUGUAUGAAAAGACCAUGGAGGCCUUGGACCUCGUGGAUCCACAGCGCAAGUACCUCUAA